AUGGCAACCAAUCAAACAAAACUGAUCAGAGGUGACCGUCUUAUGUUUUCGAGUUUUGAUGACAAUGCAUUGGUGAAGCAAAUUCAGGAGACUCAUAACCCUGACGGGCUUGAGUAUGAUGUCAAACCCCUUCUCCACGUCGUUGAGAAUAUAUUCAAUAGUUCCAAUGGAAGCCUUCCUGCUAUCGCUGCGCCUGUCACUGCUGCUAAGUCUCAUACAGAAGAAACUUUGGAGGACGAAACCUAUCAAAACAAGUUAGCAGGCUUGCCUCUAGAGCUUUCAUAUGCCAUCGAGCGCAUUGCAAGAGAGAUCGCAUGGAAAUGCUCUGUUGGUGGUGAUUCCCAUGCAAUUAGUCUGUCCAUAUUAGAUGAGUUCUCUAACUACUCUUGGGAUGACAAGUUGGCGAUAGCGUUAGCAGCUUUCGCCUUGAAUUAUGGGGAGUUCUGGUUAAUUGCACAGAGUUACUCAUCAAACCAGCUUGCCAAAUCCGUGUCGAUCCUUAAACAAUUCCCAGACGUUUUUGGUCGUUCAAGCAUGCUUAAACUACGACUUGAUGCUGUCAGAAAUCUCAUAAAGGCUAUGCUAGAUAUUGCCAAGUGCAUCGUUGAGUUUAAGGGGCUCUCUUCUCAGUACAAUACAGCAGAUGUCACUGCAUUCUCAACCGCCAUGGAUCAUAUACCGAUUGCUGUCUACUGGACAAUCAGAAGCAUCGUGGCUUGCACUUUCCAGAUUACUAGCCUCUUUGAGAUGGGGCAUGAGCACAUAGCAACCACAGAGGCCAGCUGGGAACUAUCGAGCUUGGCUCAUAAGCUCAGCAACUUACAAGGACUACUGAUGGCUCAACUGACUGUCUGCUAUAAGCACGUUGAUGAAAUGAAAUUUAUGGAAUCCUAUCAGAAACUUUUGCGUUUGUUUGAGAUUGCUCACCCUGACAACAUGAGGGUUCUCAAGGCAUUGCUGUGUUCAAACGAUGAUCAGCAGCCAAUUGUUGAGGGAGCGACCAAGAGGAGGGUUAAUAUUGAUAUUCUGCGAAGGAAAUAUGUGCUUCUACUUAUAUCAGACCUUGAUAUCUUACAAGAGGAGCUUGCUAUUCUUGAACAUAUAUACAACGAGCACCGGAAAAACCGAACUUGGGAGGAGAGUCAGUAUGAGGUUGUGUGGCUCCCAAUUCUAAGGCCAGGUACUCUCUGGACUGAGAGCACAGAAAAACAAUUCAAGAAUCUUCAAGCUCUCAUGCCAUGGCACACAGUGUACAACCCUUCAGUGAUUGACGGGGCAGUGAUCAAGUUCAUCAAAGAAGUAUGCCAUUUUGAGACGAAGCACAUUCUCGUGGCGCUUGAUCCACAAGGAAAGAUUGCAUGCCCAAAUGCACUGCCUAUGAUGUGCAUAUGGGGGAUCAAAGCCUUCCCUUUCACCACUACAAGGGAGGAGGCUCUGUGGAAGGAAGAAAGUUGGAGAGUUGAGCUGUUAGUGGAUGGCAUUGAUCAAACGGUUCUGGAUUGGCUAUCAGAGGGAAGAUUUAUAUGCGUGUAUGGAGGAGUGGACAUAGACUGGGUAAGAAAAUUCACUAGCACUGCACGUGCAGUAGCACUAGCUGCUGAUAUCCCCCUGGGAAUGGUUUAUGUGGGAAAGAGCAAUCCAAAGGAGCGUGUCCGGAGGAACAUUUCAACUAUCAUUGCUGAAAAACUAAGCCAUUACUGGCAAGAUGUGACCUCAAUUUGGUACUUCUGGGUUAGGAUAGAGAGUAUGUGGCUCUCCAAAAAUCAACAAGAGAGAACCAUCGAGAAUGAUCCCAUCAUGCAAGAGAUCAUGACAUUGCUUAGCUUUGAUGCUGGUGAAGGCGGAUGGGCAAUAAUGAAUGGAGGAGGAUCAUCAUCAAAGCUUAUGGCUAGAGCCAAAGGAACCACAUUUUUAACUUGCUUAUCAGAAUAUAGUAUUUGGAAAGAGCAAGCACAGCAGAAGGGUUUCCUGCAGGCACUUAAAGAUCACUUGAAGGAGCUUCAUCUUCCACAUAACUGCAACCGACUUAAGCUUCCUACCAUUGCUUUGAAGAUGCCAGAAAGGGUGGUAUGCCCAGAAUGUGGCCGCACCAUGAAGAAGUUCACUUUGUACCAGUGCUGUGAUGAAUAA